GCGGGGAAAGCUGGAACAUCUGGUGAACACCACUGUCGGGGGAAGAGCUAGCUUGUAGCUUGUAGCUUGUACACAGUAAUUACACUGUAGCUUGUGUUUGAAGGAUGUAGAAAGAAAAGAGCAGAGCGGAAACUGUUCUGUAAUUUCGCAGAAAAGUGGAGCGUUGUGUCGUCCAGCCCAUUCUGUCUUUUUCUAUUUAUAGCAUCUGCAGUUGCGAUGUGAAGAUUUGUUGCAGAGUAAUUUGACGAGAGCGGAAGAAGAAGGAGAAGAAGAAGGAGGAGGAGGAGGAGAAGGAGACAGUGCUGGGUGCUCUCGAGUGUAAAGGAGAACCUGUUGAAUAAACAACGUCUACACUGAGAUUAAGGGCAUGUGGGGAAGGGAUUGGAACACAGCCCUUCUCAACAAGGCAAGAUCUCUGGUCUAGCUGUUGCUAUGGCGACCAGUGCUGUGCCUAGCGACAACCUCCCCACCUACAAGCUGGUGGUGGUGGGCGACGGUGGUGUGGGAAAGAGCGCCCUCACCAUCCAGUUCUUCCAGAAAAUCUUUGUGCCUGACUACGACCCGACCAUCGAGGACUCCUACCUGAAGCACACUGAGAUCGAUGGCCAAUGGGCAAUUCUGGACGUACUGGACACAGCAGGCCAGGAGGAGUUCAGUGCCAUGCGUGAGCAGUAUAUGAGGACAGGCGACGGCUUCCUCAUUGUGUUCUCCGUCACAGACAAAGCCAGCUUCGAGCAUGUGGACCGAUUUCACCAGCUCAUCCUUAGGGUGAAGGAUCGAGAGUCCUUUCCCAUGAUCCUUGUAGCGAAUAAAGUGGACUUGGUUCAUUUGAGGAAGGUGACGAAUGAACAGGGCUGUGAGAUGGCUGCCAAACACAAUAUCACUUACAUUGAGACAAGCGCUAAGGAUCCGCCAAUGAACGUGGACAAAGCCUUUCAUGAACUGGUCAGAGUAAUUAGGCAACAAGUCCCAGAGAGGAAUCUGAAGAAAAAGAAAAAGAUGAAAUGGCGAGGAGACCGAGCUGCCACUUCUCCCAAACUCCGCUGCAUUAUAUUGUGACCGCCUGCUCUAUCUGCUCAAUACAGAAUGGUUUCUCAGUCUCACAGAGCUGUGAAAUAAAAAAACAGCCAGGCCAAGGAGAAGCUGACAAGACCUCUUAAGGUUAAGGUUAACAAAGAUGCAGCUGUUUUGCACACGUGCAGAGACGAAUGGAGAAGAGGUUAUUGGCGUGCAGUCAUUCAGUCCUUUUCGUCACUUGAUUGUCACAAGCAUGAAGGAUGUUGGCUUCCUUCCAAGCGCUCAGUGGGAGUGGACAGCAUUUUGCCUUAUCGCUUUGCGUCUCUGUACUGAUAUGAAGUAGCUUGGCCAAAGAAAAGCCAGUUGUUAGCACCGAAGAUUGCCAAUGCUGAGUUGGGAAUUUGGGAUACCUCCUCAACAUGACCUUUACUGUUAAGCACAAAUGUACAGGUGUGACUGAAACUGGACUGGACCUUUUUGCACUUUGAGAUUUGAGAUUGCACAAAUAUCAUAUCAUGCAGUCAACGUAUUAAAAUGAUAGCAUUUCUG